AUGGCAGGAAUUGCUUGCUGUUGCUUCUCAACACUCUCGUCUCGGAGCAAUUUGGGAACAUCGUGGACUCAUCGAGGAGGGAUCGUGACAGGGAGACGACUACCUAGGCGAAAUUUGGUGAUUAAAGGAGAAGUCAAUUAUGUGAAUGCUGAAGAAGCGAAGAAGCUCAUAGCAGUUGAGGGAUAUGCAAUUCUUGAUGUUCGUGAUAGAACUCAGUUUGAGCGAGCUCACAUAAAAGAUUGCUACCAUGUCCCCCUUUUUAUCGAAAACCAGGACAAUGACUUUGGAACCAUAAUAAAGAGGACCUUACACAACAAUUUUUCGGGUUUAUUCUAUGGACUGCCUUUUACUAAACCAAAUCCUGAUUUUGUGCAAUCUGUCAAGAGCCAAUUUUCACCUGAAAGCAAGCUUUUACUUGUUUGUCAAGAAGGACUGAGGGCUCCUGCAGCUGCCGACAAAUUAGAGAAAGCAGGUUAUGGAAGCAUAGCUUGCAUAACAUCAGGGCUCCAAUCUGCAACACCUGGGACGUUCGAUUCUGUUGGUUCCACUGAGCUACAAAAUGCAGGCAAGGCUGGUUUGGUUACCAUUCAAGGCAAAAUUUCUGCUGUUUUAGGGACUGUUCUCAUCUGUGCAUUUCUGUUCAUUACUUUCUUCCCCGAUCAAGCAGAAAAGAUCCUCCAGAUGGCCCCUUCAAGCUAA